AUGGAGAAAUUCAAAUAUAAAACUGCUGAGGAAUUGUGUACACUUGCCUUGGACAUGGAUGAAUGGAAAAGAAAUGUGGUCGAGCUGUAUGUCUAUACCCUUGCUCUCACGCUCUCUCUCUCUUUCUCUAUCUAUCUAUCUAUCUAUCUAUCUAUCUAUCUAUCUAUCUAUCUAUCUAUCUAUCUAUCUGUAUAUAAUAGUCUAUACCCUCGCUCUCUCACUCUCUCCCUCUCUCUCUCUCUCUCUAUCUAUCUAUCUAUAUAUCUAUCUAUCUAUCUAUCUAUCUUUCUGUAUAUAAUAGUCUAUACCCUCGCUCUCUCUCUUUCUCUAUAUAAUAGUCUGUCACCCUCGCUCUCUCUCUCUCUCUCUCUCUCUCUCUCUCUCCCACCCUCCUCCCUUUCCAUUUACUCUAUGAAAGAGUUUAUUCAUUUUGUAUUUUCUCUCUCUCUAUCAUCAGUGUGUGUGUUUGUGUGUUUGUGUGUGCAUGCGCGCGUGUUUAAAAUUGCUAUACACAAAAACAUUUAUUGUCCAUAUGUAUUUGAAUUAUAUUUCCUCUUAUUUUUAAAAUUCUUUCUAUCUAUCUAUCUAUCUAUCUAUCUAUCUAUCUAUCUAUCUAUCUAUCCCAUUCUGUUUCUAUCUAUCCCAUUCUGUUCAUAUCUAUCUAUCUAUCUAUCUGAAUAUGUAUAA